AUGCCUGUAGACGACAGAAGUCAUCAGGGACACAGGACGGCCGGGAGGCAGUGGCUCGUCUACUUCCUCCUGUCGGUAGCCGGGGUCUUGUCCCUGUUCUGCUGCUUCUUUGAACUGGGCAAGACCUUUUUCCCGCUCAAGCCAGCCAGCAAGUCCUGUGUUGCUAAGUUUGGACCAUUACCCUCCAAAUGGAAACUGUCCUCCUGUGAAUCUCCUUGCAUGAAUUAUACCGAUGACUGGAAGCUGAGGAUACUUCAGGACGGGUUGUAUUUGGUGUAUGCCCAAGUGGCUCCUAAUACAACCUGCCAGGACCUGGCUCCUUAUGAGGUGCGGCUUCUAAAAAAUCAAGACAUCAUACACGUGAUAACGGACAAAUCUAAAAUCGAGUACGUAGGGAGGUCUUUUGAAUUCCGUGCUGAAGAUACCAUAAAGUUGAUAUUCAACUCGGAACAUCAAGUUCUGAAGAAUAACAGCUACUUGGGCAUCUUCUUAAUAGAUCAUCUCAAAUUCACCUCCUAA